AUGGGAGGAUUCAAUUGGCAGAGUAUUAGAGAGAUUCGUCAUUUCAGCCAUCCUCAUAUCUUGGAGCUUACUAGCAUGGUAGGAGGGGGGCAAGUUAAGUCCUAUUGUAGAGGGUGUAAUAAACCCAUUGGUGAGGAAUUGGCGUACCAUUGUAAUCCCUGCAAUUUUCUUCUUCACAUAAACUGUUCACAAAUCCCUGAGGAAAUCAAUCAUCCCGCUGAUAGUGAUCAUUCCCUCGAUCUGCUGUCUCAGCCCUGGGAGUAUGGAAAAUUGCCUUCCGGAUGCAAUGCAUGUCGGCAACCCAUUACCCAAGGCUUUUCCUUCCACUGCACUAGUUGCCAAUUAGAUCUGCAUCCUUCAUGUGUAAAUCUGCCCAGGAAAAUUGAAAACCCAAAUCAUCCACAGCAUGAUUUUGAUCUCUGCUUCAUUCCUCCCUAUUCGAACAAAGCCUUUAAGUGCAAUGUCUGCAUGAAAGAAGACCAAAGUUCAUGGAAUUAUCACUUUUCUAUUUGCCACUACGAUGCGCAUGUAAAUUGUACCCAAAUCCCUUCCCUCAGAGAAACCCUGCUGAAUCAUACUUCUCAAGAUAUGACCCAGGCAUAUGUGGAUCGAAUGGGAAGCUAUAUGCCCACAAGCUCAGGCCCCCAUCAUUUGGAGAGAGGUUACAGUUUGCCUUCCAGAUUGUUUUCUUUUCCUCGCCCAUCUUCUCUGCACAGCUGGUCUUCUUUUCAGAUGCAGCAGCAGCAGUAUCAGCCAUUUCAAAAUCCAUACAACACAACGGGUAAUAUGUUUGUGAAGCCAGCCAUUACAGCCAUUAUGCAGACCGUUAUGGGAAGUAUAGUACAAAGUUUUAUGAAUCCAGGUUGUGGUGGAGGAGAUGGUGGGUGGGGUCUUUUUAAAGGAUUCAAUAGUUUUGGGAAUUCAGCUGAUAUUAUGGAAUCUAUGUUUAGCUAUGGAUUCUUCUUAGUUUCUGUGAUUGUUCCUUAUCAAGUUAUGGCCAGUUUACUUGUGGCGGACACAGUCUCCAGCAAAACGUGA